GAAUACCCAGCAUCCAGAUCCUGCCAUGAAGGCUUUACUUGCCGCGAGCUGGAGGGUGGCGGAACAGCUUCCCCCACCCAGUCUGCGAGAAAUACUUGGUGCAUACAACGCCAGGGGCGACGGCGACCGAGAAAUGCUCCUCGCCAUGCUCAAUGCCAAGAGCGCCGAGGACCAGCGUCUCGCCGCUGUUGCAACCCUUCAACGGACGAUGUUGGAAAUGUACCGCGCAUCUAGUCUAGCAGGGGCGCCGACGCACCCGUACCCGCUGGAAAAUUAUCACUUCCCUCCACCAAUGCCCUCCGCCUCGCCGCCACUGCACGAGCGGGGACCCUCGCGGUGCAACGGUGAACCGAAUAGAUUGAACCCGUCUAAUCUCCCGGGAAUCAGGGAAGCCACCUCCAUGGCAUCCGAACGGCCGCGCAAGCGUGCACGCAGCUCGCGGACUUCACGCUCCCCGCAGUCGCAGCAGCUUGACUCACUACCCGACCUGCCGCCUUCCCCAUAUUCGUCCUCGCAUAGUGAUGCCGCCGAACGCUCCCCGCGAUCACGAGGGUCCAUGGCCAUCGGAUCGCUGCUUUCUGGCGGGAAGGGUCCUCUGCGUACUAAGAAGGAGACGGACGAGGCACCCCUAGAGAGAAAUCAAUCCAGGAGGGAAUGUGAACCUCGCGAAGAAUGGCCCAGCCGGCCAACACCCGUCCCUGCCACGCCAACCAUGGGUACGCUAGCGGCGUGAAUAUUGGGUUAUGUGAUUGUGGAUCGCUCAGGUUAUUUACUCCUAUCCGACGUAGUAUGUUUGCUUCGCCGUCUUUGCUUAUCGAGUCCUCAUUGUUUAUGUCGUCCCAUUUACCAUUGUAUCGAAACUGUAUCCUAACUAGUGUGGAAUCCUUCAGACCCAGGUCUGCUGAUGUUGUACUAGACCUUAAAAUAAGCGUUGUAAUUAGCAUCGAGGUAGCCGUGUGUAUCAUGAAUCUAAUGGCCGUUCGAGGCGGGCACCAUCCACACUAAAUUCGAG